AUGGAAGACACUAUCACCUCCAAGCUGAAAGACCUCGGAAUAUGUGGUUUGGAAGCGAAACAGUGCAUGGCAGAUAUUUUUGGAAGCACAUCCAACCCAUCUUCACCAAGUUUGGUUUCCAGUAACUCCAGCGAGCAAUUUUGGGACCGUUUGUUGUGUCCGUUUGAUGUGUGGAUAAGUCGGCAUAAGGAGGGAGAAAAAUUCCACAAGUAUUUUACAAAAAUGAAAGCAGAUCAAUUCACCAAUUGGUUGACAGCAGAAGUGAGAUCUUUAUCGGGUCUAGGCUACCCCCUCAUAUUUAUACUCAGAAUGCAAAUGAGUGUAUGAAUGCAGUCAUUAAAAGAGCACAGAAUAAGACAAUGGAUGUUGUGGAUUACAUUGAAAAUCUACCAAAAGAGGUUAAUUAUCAACAGAGCAUGAAAAAGCUCGCUAUGAUAUCACGCGGUGAACUCUUUGUGUCAGAGAAAUUCAGUAGCUUUCUGGUAGACGAGAAUGAAUACUUCAUGAUGAACAAACAACAACAAGAAAGAGCCUUCAAGAAAUUUUGCAAUGUUCCUUUAGACGAAAGUGAGGAUACCGCUGCUGAGGUUGAAGAAAGCCAAAUUAGUCAAGAUACGCCGCUGAAAAACCUUUCCGUCCAAACGUUGCAGGCCUGUAUUACGUCCAUUCCAUCCGCAAUACUUACGGAAAUUGUUGUCAAAGCUAACCGAGUUUUAGAAGAUGAGUGCGGCAUUCAUAAGUUCGGACAGGACAAUAGUUACUAUGUAGAAGAUACCACUAGAACAGGUUGUGCUCUCCAUGUUAAAAUAAGAGGAAGGGGAGAGGUGUCUUGUGAACGAACUUGUUUAUGCUGGUCAUCUUAUAAAUUGUGCGCACACACAAUUGCUGUUGCGGAAAAAGAGGGGGUUCUGAUGGACUUUAUUAAGAAAUACGCAAAAUCCAGCAGGGAACCAAAUCUUACCAACCUAGCGACACACAACAUGCCAAAAGGAUGCGGGGAAAAGGCCACAAAAGCCACUCAGAGGAGAAAGGGAAGUGCAAAUGGAGCGGUACGUAUCCGAAUGCAUAUGAACUAAUCGUUAAAUUGUCAUACAUUCAUAAAAUAAAUUUAUCAAGAAUUGACCCAAUUAUAUUCUUCAUGAAAAUAGUAUAUACUAGGAGCCUAAUAGCUCAGCCUUUUAUUUAGCCGCCAUCGAAUAUUAAUAAUCAAGGAUGUUCAAUAGAAAAUUUAAUAGCCAAUAGAAUAGAUGUUAUAUGUAUUCCGAGCAAUGAGUAUUUUGUAUAUUCAGUUAUUUAAAGCAACUUGUUUACAUUUUUAAAAUUUACUUAGUACUGUAUUUAUAACAAUGUAUUCUUCAUUUAGCAGAGAGCCAGUAACACAAGUGGAACGACGGGUGCGCCACAUGUUGCGAUAACACAACAAAUCAAUGCAGCAUCCAGAGCAGCAAGUCUGCGAAUACAACUAUGCAGUUUGCGGUCAGUUCUUUCGACGUAUUUAUUCUCCCAACAAAUUUUCUCUACCUCUUGUUAUCCACGUUCACAAAUUGGCCUCAUGGCCUUUUCCUCAAAAAUGUAUAACCUUGCAACGUGGAAAGUAGUGAAUAACUGGAAUAUACUGAUUUUACAUAUGUUAAUAUUUAUAAUUAAACUAUUUUUUAUAUGUCGAGCAGAGUGCCAGCAAUACAAGUGGAACUAUAGGUAUGCCUGCAGUUGGACCAACACAACAAUUAACCAACCCAGCAUCCAGAGCAAUGAGUCUUGCCCAAAGCCAGUUAGAAGACCAUACAUCCACGUCGAAUACAACCAUGCAGUUUGCGGUAAGUUUACAAAUAAUUUUUUUGUUAAUUCUUCCAGCAAGAUUUCCCCAACUCUUGUUGUUGAUCAAUGCUCGUGAAUUGACGAAUUCGAAGGCCUUUAUUUCUUUAAAAUGUAUUAUUAAUAACCUUGCAAUGUGGAAAGUAGUCAACAACUGGAAAAACUUAUUUACAUUCACAUUUUUCCUUUCCAGCAGAGAGCUAGCAAUACAAGAGGAACCAUGGGUACGCCUGCAGUUAUUUCCUCGCAAUUGAUCAACCCACCAUCCAGAACUGCGAGUCUUGCAAUUGCCCAAAAUCAGUUUGGCUAUCGUGCACCUGCAUUGAAUACAACUGUGCAGUUUGUAGUGAGUUUAUUUACUUGUAAAAACAAAAUGUAAAACAAAACUCACUUAACCUUGUACUGCACAUGACAGAAUUUGGUUGUCUAAAAUCACAACAAAAAUUAAUGAAGGUUGAUAAGUUGAUAUACAUGAACCUAUUCAGUUUCAUGUUUAAAACGCUCGGUUUCAAUUGACUUUUCUACAUUGGAACGAAGCAAAAUUCAUCAGUGUUGUUGGUGGUCAUCCUCACUGAUCUCAAAAAUAUGGUCGACUGUCAUGGAUAGCGAACACUGAUUGGUCAAAUUUAAAAUUUGUUGUUGUAUGACAAAUGACGACUUCAACUGACAGAUACUUCAUGAAAAUAAUUUGCUUUUUGCACUACAGUAUUUUGUACGUUUGCAAAAAACUUUGACAGCUUUCAAAGCAAUUUGUUCUAUAAAAAGUUUAAUAAAACAAUCACGGUAUAAAAUACCAAUUGAAAAGAUAUGGAGCCAAAUGAAGAGUGGCAAGGAAAUGACAAGAAAGCCGAGCGUCUAGCCAAAAGGAGGGAGUGAAGACGACAACAUUUGCUCGAGGAGACUGCUGAGGAAAGAGAAGCUCGCCUGGGAAAGCGUAGAGAAGCAUGGAAAAAAGACUGUUGAAGUGAAAGGUAAGCAAAGGCUUGUCUUCACAACGCUAUGUACCAAUGAUACUGUAGCUAUACAAGUUGAAUUAUGAUAUUCGACCCUCUAUAUUCUUCACAAUUUUCCAAUAAAGAGUUUGUCAAGACAAGCUCAAGUCAGUAUAACCAGACUGUAUUUUAUUUAUAUCAGUUAUCACAGCCACAGGCAAUUUUAUGCUGUCAAAUACUGUCAGUUGCAACUAAGGGUGAACAGUUGCAGAUAAAACAUUCUCUAUUCUCAUUAAAAAGCCUGUCAAGGUUUCCAGUAGGUCUCUAGCCCAACAUGUUCAGACCACACAAAGUUUUGUUACUUAUUAUUGUACACAUGGGAAACAACAAUUUUAAAAGUGUUGUUGUUCUUGACAAACAUUGAAGAUUCUAAUCACGCGAAUGUUUUAUGAGCGACUGUUCAUCGUUAAUUGCAAGCGAUGGUACAGCAUACUAUAAACAUUUUUCCGACUGUGACCGAAUGUGCAACGAUAUAUUUUUCAAAGUUGUUAUCAAUUCCUAUUCCUCGAUGAUUUCAUUUAGAAAUGCAGUUACCAGGAAAGGAACCGAUUCUAAAAUAUGUAAAUUUAAAAGCAUUGGGGGAGCAUGCCCCUGGUGGCCCCUAAAGUUUCUCUAGCCCCCUCCAACCAACAAAACCAAUCUUUUGACACCAUUACAUGAGCACAAUGUACACACUGCUGUCCCACACUGGAAAGUAGGCCACUUUAGCCCGAGAUCUGCAGCAGGCUAGCUAUUUUGUAAUACUAAUUACUAAUAAGUUUCUGUUAUUGCAGCAGUGAUCCUGCAGCAGCUUGUUGGUGCUUUCCACCCAGGCUGCUGUCUACUGCUGAGAGGUUCAGAUUAUUCAUGCUUGUUUAAUUGAGGAUUUAUUGGUCCUGGCCCCUUCUCCAAAGCAGCUCUCUGUUGGCGAGGGGGCCCAAUAAAGCAGGGGGGGGGGUAUUAUUGAUUUGUGUUAUGGAAAUUUUUCUUGAUUCUUGUGAUAUUUCAUGUUUAUGUACAGGCAGUGGAAGAGGCACCUAAAGUGUGUUGUAUCAACUGUAACAUAAACAUCCCAGUUUCAUUGAUACAGAGUCAUCAAGCAGAAUGUAAUGGGUGAGUAAAAGUACAUUACAAUGCACUUGUUAUAGGGAAGGCAUAGGAAGAAAUGCAGGCAUGUACAGUUGAAUUAAACUUAAAGGACAAGAUUUAUACAGAUAGUUAAUAAUUUACUUAUUUAGAAUAGUUUGUUGGCAAGUUAUUAAGUUUGUUAUUAUUCAGAUUAGAUAUUAGAUUAUUUAAUAGUAUUAUUAUUUAGACCACUAUAUUUACUAGUUAACUAGCUAGCGAGUUUGUUUGUGACAGUUAUGGCAUAAUAUCAUAGUUGUUUUACGAUCACUAAAUGGAAUUAUUUGUGAAAUGACAUCUUUAAUUAGGAAUUCAAUGGAAGAUAGACCAUGUUGCUCAUCAGGACUUUUCAAUGACGAUGAUAUGUUAAAUGAUGAUGGGGGUAUGUACAUGCACUGUGUGACAUGGUAAAUGCAUCAGUUAUUUGUCAUGACGCUCUUUAAUUGUAUUUACCCAUAUACGCAGCAAAGGCCCUUACUGUAUAGUGUGUCUUGUCUAACAAAAUUUACUUGUUAACAAGAGUUUGUGCCAUUAAUUAAUGGAUUACUUAACCCAUUUAGUGGCAUCAGUCUUCCCUUAAUGAGUAAAAUAGUCUGGUGUUAGACACAGCAAAAUAAUAAAGUAUGUUAGGGUGCGUAAAGGACACAUGCAACUUAUGGGUAAACUACAUUUUAUUCAAUGGGAGGCACUGAUUAUUGUCAAUGCUAGACACACAUUGUUUCAGAUUUUUAUAUAUGUACAUAGAUCAAGUUAUUGUUCCUUCAAUGUAUUAAUUCUUUCUGUACAGCAUUAUUGAGUGCACAGUAAUUGUCAGUGCCAUUACUAUUGUUAUACAUAUUAAUCUUGUUUCAGGUUCCUGACAUCAGAAUGUCAAUUGUCUUACCUCAGCUGAAGCAAAUUUUUCCAGACCAUGAGGAUUCCCAGCUUCAAUCGGCUUUAGAAAAUGCUAAUUUCAACUUGACUAAUGCAACAGAGAUAAUUUUAGGACAAGGACGUUAGCUUUUAUAAUUUAAUUUGAAAAUCUAAAAAUAGUGUACAAAACUCUGUAUAAACCCUCGUGCUACCCUACGAGGUGCAUUCCAUGUUAAUUGUUGAUGCUAUGGUUUUAGAUUCUGUAAAUAUCAGACUCAAGUGACGUGGAGACAGCACUAGACAGCAAUCUCCUUACUCCAAUUGUUUUGCGUGAAGAUAGAGAAGUCUGUGAUGACACUACAACUUCACUACCCAACAAAAUAAGGUUAUUUAAAGAAAACACAAUUGCCGCCAAUUCACCUCGUCAGUUGUUCUGUGUAUGCAGAAGUGAAGGUGUUGAACAAUUAAAGCUUGACAUCUUGGGUGUAUACAAGAACCCCAACACAAAUUUAACAGCAAGACUGAGGGUCCUUUUUGAAGGGGAAGAAGGAGUGGGAGCAGGCCCUGUCAGGGAAUUUCUAUUCUCAGCAGUUAAGCUUGUAGAAGAUGGCAUUGAUUUCCCCAUGAAGCCAAUCAUUUAUUUUGAAGGCCAAGAUGACCAUAAAGUUCCUGUCCACAACCAAGCUCUAAGGCAAACAGGAAGCUUUAAAGCAAUUGGACCGAUCCUUGCUCGUGCAUUCCUGCACAAUGGCCCAUGUUUGGGAGGUCUGUCCCCAGCAGUGAAACAUUACUUUACAUGCAAACAAGGUCAAGACACAACAGUGAACCCACCACCACUGGAGAUAAUGGAUGUUCCGAAUGUUGAGCUUCAAGCAGUGUUAGAAGUAAGCUACUGUAACUAAACUUACUAUAAUUUAUGGAUUCGUCAUUUGUGAGGACGGACAGGGGAUUGGCAAAUGGGGGGUUUAAAAUUUUCCAUCUGUCAAGUCCCCCAUCCCAUUUGCCAAUGCCCCUCCCUAUAAAUAAUGACCACUCCCUUACAAGCAACAGAUACCCUGGAAAGAAUUCGGUCAACAUGUACUGUAGCCCUAUUCCCUAAUGUAAAGGUUUUAUUUAGGGUUACAUAGUACUUGAAGAUUCUAAGUGUUGAAAUCCUAAAACAAUGGUACCAGUAACCCUUGAACUCUAUCGUAUAAUUAUUUGGAAAAAAGAACAAUAUGGUGACAGUACACAUUUAAGAUGUACAAUAAAAGGCAUAACUCUGAAAUAACCUCCUCCACAGGCCGUAAUGAAUUCCCUAAUUUUGUAAGGCAGAGUAUGCACAUAUGCAGGUCUGACCAGAAGUUUGAAUAUUGGUACUCUUAAAAUUUAAUAAUAUAGGUAUAUUAUAAUUUUUCUCAUAGGUACUGCAGUCACCCAGGCAUGAAUCUUUACCAAAUAGUCUUGUCUCAAAUCUGGUUCCAUACCUUAUCGAGGCUGGUAUUGAUAUAGAAUUAUUACACUCUAGCAGGGAAAUUGUUGUUCAAGGCCUUCUUCUGUUUUUUGUUAUUGAGAAGAGAAAGUUGGAACUUGAUGACAUUUCAACUGGUAUGUUAAGUGCAAUCAGAUAUCCUAUUAACCUAUCAUACUUGCUUGAGGAGAAAAGUGUUUGAGAUUACACAGGGUUAUUGUACAGUAACAACAAACGACUAUAUGUAUCACUGGAGGAUUCUUGUAUAUACAUACCAUUGGUGAACCAUAGCUAUCAAAGGGGAGAGGGCCAUGGUGGGAAUUUGCCCCUUCCCUGAAAGAUCCCUGGGAACAUUUUACCCCUGGAUUUGCAACAUAUUUCAAGGCAAUGAAUUCAAUUGAAUGUAUUUAUGACUUUUAGACUUCUCUUCUUUAAGGAUGACCUCCCAGGUCGAACUAUCAUGUCGCACGCUCCAUGUCUUGUCACUCCGCCCCCUCUGAGGUCCCCAGUUCUACAACACUGUUACAUAAUACUACACGACUGUUUUACACAGGAAUGUAGACAGUGGGUUUGAAAUCAUUUAUUGAAAGUAACCCUGAAGUUAUCAGUCAGCUUUACCCAACAAGAAAGGAUUGUAAUAUUUAUGCACAAGAAGUGAAAGACAAAAUUGAAUUCAGUGAUGAUGAGACACUGGAAAGGAAUGCAAAGACAAAGGACUUCUUUUUUCAGUAUGUAGAGCUGCUUGAAAAUAGGAAAGAAGGUACAUACAACACAUACCAUAUUGGAGGGUGUACAACAGGGUUGAAAAAAGGAGAGUCACUGGGAUUAAUGUGAUUAAUUGACAUUUGCAUAAUAGACUAAAUUUUGAUCUAAACAAGUCUAGACAAGAAUUUCAUCACAGCCUGAAAGAGCAUCACAAAAUUAGUAAUAGUUCAAAGUUUCCUUGCAAAAUGUUGUAAAAUGCGGAUAAUAUAGCCUUGCGAAGUUUGCAAUUUUCAGUCAUUUUAGAUUACAAACGGGAAAUUGACAGCCCCAAAGGGUAUUGGGCUGUCAAUUUCCCGUUUGUAAUCUAAAAUGACUGAAAAUUGCAAACUUCGCAAGGCUAUAUUAUCCGCAUUUUACAACAUUUCGCAACGAAACUUUGGAAUAUUACUAAUUUUGUGAUGCUCUUUCAAGCUGUGAUGAAAUUUUUGUCUAGAUCAAAAUUUAGUCUAUUACGCAAGUGGUCAAUUGUCCAUGUUUGACGCUUUAAGUGGCAAUGCGCCCUACUUUAGUAUUUCUACUCUGGCUAACACCAGAUUUUACUUGUCAAUGGAAAAGCGCUGCCACUCAAUUGGUUAAAUCAUAUAUAACUACAUCAAAUUUUAAUUCAUACCAGUAUCAUGCACAAUAAUCUACAUUAACAGUAUUAUUGUCUACAUUACAGGUACACAGUAAAUUACAUCAAUGUACAGUAUAUUAAAUUUUUGUGCACUUACUUUUUACAGAUGGUGCAGAACCAGUCGAUUUGUGCUGCUUCUGGACUGGAAGUAAUAUGUUUCCUCCUCGAUCACAAAGGCUGUAUGUUUCCUUCGACAAAGAUGGUAGCAUUGUACUGCCUAUGGCCGAGUGCUGCUUUUUUAGUUUGGUGUUGCCAGUGAAACAUACAAAUUUUGAAGAGUUCACUGAGUUUAUGGACAAGGCUCUAAAGUAUGGUUCGAGUGGGUUUUGUUAUUCAUAA